AUGAAAAGCGGUGUGCUGUCUGCUCUGCCCUGCUUUAAAGACAAACCACCUCUGGCUCAAGCUUCGUCGGCAGCGUAUGGGAUCAAGAAGAAAAGUGAGCCAGUGAAAAUGGAUAAAAAUGGCCCAUUGUACCCCAAGGCAAAAUGGCGACAUUGUAACGGAUGGAGGACGAAAAAAAGGACUGUAAUCAAGUACCAUGACACACUUGUCCAAUGUUAUAGUGUCAUUCUCUGGGAAGACUGUGUUGUCUCUGUUAUGGCGGCAGUAAAAGAAAGUGCAGAGGAAGACAAAGACAUAGAAUCUUCCUCUGAUGACACUCAAGAGCUGACAAGCACAUCUUCUCCCAACAACAACAACAACAACAAUAACAGCUUGGAUCCACCAGAGCCCCUGCCCUCGGACAGUCACCAAAACCCUUUAAAUGGAGUCCAGCCGAACCCAUUUGUCUGUGGUAGCGUCCCUGCUGCCCCCAGCACAAACGACUCAUUGCCUUCAGGAGCACUUGUUAAUGGAGCUGCUUCACACUGUACCUCAGAGGAGCCCUGCGUCCACAACAAAGACAUGUCCCCUCUGCCCGGGACAGACACCAGCCCUGAGGUGUUACCGCCUCUCAGUGAGCUUCAAUCAGACACCCAGCAGAAAACAGAAGGGUGCGCCCUAAAAAUGCGGCCCGCACGGGCCUCAUCUGAAUCAAACAACAGUGACGGUGAGGCCCCCUUAGAUGUGCUGGUGGGGGAAGGCUUGGAUAACAGGCCAAUCAGCCGACUGUUGGCUAGAAAGGGAAUCAAAGCAGGGUGCUUAUGGGACUUUGAUUCGGAGUUGUCAGAGAGCUCCUCUGAUGACUGUGAUGGUCUGAACUGGGGCCUGCAGGAGAAGUUCAUGCGGAUACUGUUGAAAAGCAGCGUAGCAGGUGAUGGAGUAAGAACAAAGGUAGAGAUUGAUGGAACUCCACCUGCCAAGCGAAGACGGAGGAUGCGUAAAAAUCAUGCCAUGGAGAGGGCUGACACUGGAGGACAGGUUUAUGAUGGCUUUGAUUACGCAUCCCAGAAUUCCCUAACCGACGAAGACUCCGAUUUUGAGUCGUCCAUUAACAAAGAACAUGCCUUCAGGAAAGAGCCGGAAAGUUUGAAAGCAUAUGCCGGCUUGCGCCUGGAGAAAUUCUGCGACAAGUCAGCUGCCAUGCAGGAGCUAAUUUCAAGCAAGAAGGAAGAGAAAUGUGAUGAAGGCGGCAGCGACGUAGAAACAAACACCUACAUGGGUGAAAAAUCGGCACGGUUAAAGACAGAGACAAAAACAGGCGAGGAGCUGUCCUUCUUCCCCUGUUCAAAGUGCAACGAUAAUUUCAAGGAGAAGAGGCAUUUGCAUAGGCAUAUGAUGUAUCAUUUAGAUAGGAAUAAUAAGGUGAGACAAGAAGACAUUCCCCGACCCUUUAUAUGUAGAGAGUGUGGGCGUUCGUUCCGAGACCUAACGUCUCUGCAAAAGCACAUGAUAAUCCACCAGGUGCGGAGGGAGAGGCUGAUGGAAGAGAUUAAAGGUUUCAGUAAGAUAGAUGUCGAGGGAAGAAGAGCUUGUCUUCAGUGUCCCCAGUGUGUCUUUGGAGCGAAGGGCCCUAAAAUUUUCCUCCAUCAUAGCAAAACUAAUGAGAAGGAAAAGACAUCUUAUAGCUGUGAGGAAUGUGAUCACAUGACUACAACUGAAAUGGAGGCACACAAGUGCACAGCUCACCACAACGCAUGUGGCAAGACUGGCGACUUUUUUGUAUGUCAAAUUUGCACAUUUAGAAGUAAGAACAUAUAUAGUUUCAGAAAGCACGUGGAGCUUAUCCACGGGCAAAAUUUUGAGAAUUAUGAACCUCAACCACACAGCAAUGUGGAUGACCACAUAAAAGCUGUGUUGGACCAACCCAAAAACAUGGAUUCAUCUUUACUUUUGCCAAAGAUUCAAAGCACAGAGAAGCGGUCUGUUAAGGACAGAGUUCAGCUGCCCUUUAGGCCCAAUGGGUCAGCUGACCUUAAUGUGAAAAGCAAAGACACACAAAGAGCCUGUGAUGGUUUCAGCUCCUCGCUGAUCAAAUGGAGCCAUGGCAGCCCAGCAAACAAGCUGUCACCAUUCUCACUGAGAAGUGACAAGUCAAGCAAAUUAUCCCCUCUGCCUACAGAGAAAAUAGACGUGACAACAGGUCUCCCAUAUGUCGAAGAAGACAAUCAGGAAUAUGAAAGCGCUGUCUCCGAAAAGAGGACAAAAUAUCUUUCCAGCUUUGACGUACAUCUUACAACGAAAACAGAGAUCGUGAGUAAAGCAGCCUGUCUGAACCCUGGCACUGAGAACCGUCCCAAAGAUCCUUCAACCGGCAGUACUUUAGCUCUGCAAACGCUGCGGCACAAAGUACUCUCGAAAAGAAAAAUGUCAAUCCCGUAUCGCAAUACCCAUGCCGAUAUUCCUCAUGUGCAUCUUCAAAAAUGUGAGCCUGAGUCUCCACAAUGGGACUCUAGUACACCACAAGAGGGAGAUGACUAUGAAGGUUCUCAGGAUUUCAGCGACUGCACCAAAGAGUCUUCGGAUCGGUUUCAUAGCAAUACCCCUAGUGAUUAUUUCAUCCCUUUCAACAACAGCAUUCCGGACUAUACCAAUCAUACUAAUUCAGACAAUAGCAUAGAGGUGGACAGUGAUGAUAUUUGUACAUUUAUAGUGAAGGAGGAGUGUAUUGAGAGUAUAAUAAGUGAGGAUAACCCUGAUCAUGUUGUUUAUCAGCAAAGUGACCCUUAUGCAGAGUAUAUUGUCAACCCUUUGCCUUCGGUGGGCAGGAAGUGCUGUCCCUAUUGCCCCGCAGUAUUUGAGUCUGGGGUGGGCUUGUCCAACCAUGUGAGAGGACACUUACAUAGGGUGGGGCUAAGUUAUGAUGCUCGUCAUGUGGUAUCACCUGAGCAAGUGGCAUCUCAGGACCGCCAGCCUCGCAUACGCAGAAAAAUCCCCUCAGUGAAUCGCAGAAUCAGAAAAGAUAAGCCAGAGUCUAAGACCGAGCAUACCUGUCCGCUGUGCCUGGGCUGGUUUGACACUAAGACCGGCCUCUCCAAUCAUGUGCGGGGUCACCUGAAGCGGAUUGGCAAGCCAAUUUUGGGCGCUAGCAAGUCACCUCUCUGCAUCCUGACGGAACUUCUUCAGGAUGAGACGGAGUACAGGAACAUUAUAAGGGUGUUUGGUUCCAGACCGCACUUAUCGUUGCCAGUUGAUGCCAUUAAAAGAGAAAGGGAAAACAAGAUUCAGAGAGUGCAUGGCAAAAAAAAUAAGAAGAUCUGCAUCCACUGCAACACGACGUUCCACAGCGCUGUCAGCCUGUCCAAUCAUCUCCGAGCAUAUGCGCGACGGAAGAAAAUUGCCUUAUUAGAAGGAACAACAUGUGAUUGUAAACAGAAGAGGCCGAGAUCAAGGCCUGGGCCUAAAAGAAAGGCGUUUUCAUCUUCACACGCCGCCUCUGAAGUGAUCUACAGAAUGACCUGCAGGUUCUGCGAUCUGAUCUUCCAGGGUCCUCAGUCAAUUCAGGAAGACUGGAUCAAGCACUUGCAGAGGCAUCUUAUGCACACGAGUAUCCCCGGCGUGGGUGCAGGUAUGGUGGAGGUUUCGGCACUGUGUAAAGAGCUGUGUUCCCCAUCUCCCCCCGAGCGCCUGCUUCUGGAUACACACCCUCCUCUCAGUCUGCCUGAGGGGGUCUCCUAAGCCACGUUUACACACCAGCUACGCUCACUGUACACCUGUUCUGCACAUGUUCGUAAACAAAUACACAUAUAAUACUGUAUAUACAUCUAUAUAUGAAUACA